UGUAAUCUUUCAUAAAGUUUUUUGGAUACAUUCUCCCACUGAGAUUUUGCCCUUUAAUGACUGUUACGUGACCAUAAGACUAAAUGUUACAAGGAAUAAUUGAAGGUGAAAUUAUAUGACAUAUUUUGUAAUAUCGAAAAUAGACUAUUUAGCAAUGUAAGUAAACAGAUAUUCACAGGUAAGGGUUGAAUGCCAGGAGCUCACAUUAUCCAUAUUUUAAUUGAGGACUACUUUUGAGUACAGAUGUAAAUAAUCCCAAUUAUAAUUGUGAUGAUAUCACGAAGUCAUAAUUAUUAAUGACUUAAAAAACAAGAAGACGUUCAUGAUACACUCUUGAAAAGGAAACAUGGAUCAAGUGCUGCUACCAUUUUAGAUUUAGAUUUCCAAUAUCAAAUGCUGGAACAGCAACUCAUUUUGAAUCAAAAACAACAGCAGGAACACCAACAGCUCCCUGGGUUCAGAACAAAAAUGAAAUGGGAACGACAACAACAUUCUUCAUGACAAAUCCUCUAACUAUCUCUUCUUUUUCUACUUUCACCAAUUUUACAACCACUGCAAUGACAACUAGAUUCUUCCUGAAUCUUCCAAUAUUUGCAUUGUUUCUUUUUUCAUCUUGUGAUCAUCUUCAUUGCCAUUUACCAUUUGACAUCAUCAUCAUACAAAAAAAACCUGAUACAUAUACAGAAGGUGAAAACAAACGAACCAAAUUGUUGAUCAGGCAAUGGCCAGGUUCAAUUUGGGGAAGACAGUCGUAUUAGCAUCAAUUGCAGCCUGUAAUGGUAUCAGACAGGAAAAAUAUUAUCAACAGAUUUCUGCAUGAGAUGUUGGACCCAUCACAACAGUAUAUGGUUCCCACAUGCUUGCGUCUUGUCGAGCUGCAGCAGGAGUAACUGCUUACCGCGGUACAAUGCCGACACCUUGAGGCCAAAUGAAACCACACUUCUCACGCUCAGAGACAGGGAUUUCACAUUCAUGUAACCAAAAGUUAAACUUCUGCAUCCGCUUUAAAUAGAACUCAAUAUGAGUAAAACGCAACUUACUUUUGUUUAAUGACGUAAGUGCUGUGUGUAUUGCCCUUUGACAGAACAUAUAGUGACCGAUUACCGAACAUGAGCUGUGGUCGAUGUACAGAAAUGAGCAAACAAGCAAAGAAAAUUGCCGCUCAUUUGACAAGGAAGUGAAUAAUGGGAGAAAGUAGAUGAAAUCAUUAUUGUGAUCUGCGUGUCUUCGAAAAUAAUGAAGUAAAUAUCGUACUUAAAUGAAAGGUGAAAUGUUAAUUUCGUUGACUCCUUAGUCCAUGCGUUAAUGCCUGACAAAUAUGACGGCGGCGCUGUUUUCUUUAUGAACGCCAGACCGUGACGUCACGUCGAUGGGCAGGAAAUAGAAUCGGAGUCUGGUCAGAGACUGACAGUUCCGUGGUGCUGAAAUGCAGACGGCACGUUCGUUUGGCGAAGCGUCUGUGACUUCUUGAGGAUUUUAUGUUUUGUACUGUACGAUCACUAUCAGGAGGAUUUUUGUGUCGACAACAAAAUAAUAGCGGUCGUGGCGUCACCGAGCUGUGAGAAGGAAACAAUAGGAUUCUGUGCAGCGAUGCAGCGACACAAAAGGUACGUGACCCUGGUGCUGGUGUUCCUCGCGAUUCAUCAGGCAACUACCACGGUGAUCCACUAUUCUAUACCAGAGGAGCUAAAAGAAGGAUCGAUCGUUGCAAAUCUGGCGACGGAUCUCAGUUUGGAUGUUUCAUCACUGAUCAGGAGAAAGAUGCGUCUCGACAUCAUCGCCAACAAGAAAUAUCUGGAUGUGAACAAAGAGACUGGAGAGCUGUUCAUUGUGGAGAAGAUUGACCGCGAACAUAUUUGUCCAGCGAAGUCGUCAGCCUCCUGUUAUCUCAGAUUGGAGGUGACUUUAGAAAAUCCGUUGCGCAUCUUCAACAUAGAAAUAGAGAUUUUAGACAUAAACGACAACGCCCCACUCUUCAGGAGAGACGCCAUUCAUUUAGAUAUUUCUGAGGCAACAGCGACGGGGGAGAAAUUUUCUCUCAGUAACGCAGUGGAUCCAGAUGCGGGAAGUAACUCGGUCAAAACGUAUUAUCUAAGCGAAAGUGAUAGUUUUUCGAUUCAAGUCCAGACUGGUAGAGAUAGUACAAAGAUAGCUGAGUUGAUUCUGAAAAAACAUUUAGACAGAGAGCAGCAGUCUCGUCAUAAUUUAAUCUUGACAGCUGUAGAUGGUGGAACUCCGGCUAGAUCUGGAACUGCAAGUAUUAUUGUUCAUGUUUCAGACACAAAUGAUAACGCUCCAACAUUUGAUAAAUCUGUGUAUAAUAUCAACAUGAUGGAGAAUUCUCCUCUGGGAAGUCUGGUCAUUCAUCUUAAAGCCACGGAUCUAGAUGAAGGGUCAAAUUCAGACUUAACAUAUUCCUACAGUUUAUACACACCUGAGAAAACACAGAAAACUUUUAACCUCAAUCCUUCUACUGGUGAGAUCACUGUGAAGGAGAUGUUGAACUAUGAGGACUUCAGGAUUUAUGACAUGGAAGUCAUAGCAACAGACAAAGGAGUCAACAGUUUGUCAGGACAGUGCACAAUAAAGAUCAUGAUUGAAGACAUGAACGACAACCAUCCAGAAAUAUCUAUCAAGUCAUUUCACAGUCCAGUCAGUGAAGAUGUGGAAGUAGACACAGUGAUCGCAGUGGUGAGUGUGAGCGAUAAGGACUCUGGUGACAAUGGAGUGGUUGAUCUUCAUAUUCCAGUGAACAUGCCUUUCAAACUGAGAGAGUCCUCUGAUAACUACUAUGAGUUGGUAGUUUCAGAGCCAUUAGACCGUGAGAAGGUUCCAGAAUAUGAGAUCACCUUCAGUGUGACUGACAGAGGUUCUCCUCCUUUAUCUGACAAUGAAACUAUGACCCUACAACUGCUGGACGUGAACGACAACGUCCCUCAGUUCCCUCAGUCCUUCUAUACGAUACGUGUGAAUGAGAAUAACGCACCUGGAGCUCUGCUGGGUUCACUGUCUGCGUUUGACCCUGACCUCCAUGAGAACCAGUAUCUAGUUUACGUCAUCCUGGAGAGGGAGACAGCCAACACCUCCAUGUCCAUGCUGUUCUCCAUCAACCCAGAGAACGGGAAUCUUUUUGCUCUGAAAACUUUUGACUAUGAGAUAGAGAAGGAGUUUCUUUUCCACGUUGAGGCCAGAGACUCUGGUUCUCCUCCUCUCAGUAGCAACGUGACGGUCCACAUCAUCGUCGUGGACCAGAACGACAAUGCUCCAGUGAUCGUCUCUCCCUGGCGUGCUCACGGUUCAGUGGUGGAGGAGAAGAUCCCCAGAUCUACUGAUAAAGGCUCUCUGGUUGCCAAGGUGAUCGCCUUAGACACAGACUCUGUGCACAACUCUCGGAUCACCUACCAGUUCCUCCAGGUGACAGACGCCACCUUGUUCAGUCUGGACCAGUACAAUGGAGAGAUCCGGACUAUGAGGAUGUUCAGUUACCGAGAUCCACGUCACCAGAGGUUGGUUGUUGUUGCCAAGGACAAUGGGGAGCCUGCUCUCUCUGCUACAGUCACCAUCAAUCUGUCCACAGUGGAGACUGCUGUGAAGUCCUACUCUGACAUGACAGAGGUUCCUCUGGAAUAUGACAUCUUUUCAGACCUCAACUUGUAUUUGGUGAUUGGACUGGGCUCAGUGUCCUUCCUGCUGCUCAUCACCAUACUGGUGACCAUCGUGAUCAAGUGUCAGACACCCAAGAGCAGUAAAGCAGCUCCUCCCAGCAGGAACAGUGUGAUCAGUGAGAGGAACUCCACCAUCGCAGAUUCCACUCUGGUGUCCAACGAUGCCUACUGGUACAGUCUGUUCCUAGCAGAGACCAGGAAAGGCAAGCUGGUGGUCCGACAGCCUGUGCCAAAGGGCUCCAGAUACAUUGUGUCCAGUUUACCGAGGAGCACUGGAGUGACCGACACCAGUGACUCAGCUGCCUCCACACUGCAGUACCCUAAAUGAAGGAAGUCCACUCUGCAGCAGGAGGCAUCUACAUCCAGCAGCAGCAGACCCCCAUAGACCUCCAUCCCAGCGGUGACUUCAUUCGAGACGAAAGGGGAGAAAGGAUUGUUUUUAAAUGCCUCAGACAUGCGC